AUGGCCGUUAAGGAUUAUUCAAUUCGUGUGGUUGGGAGGAAAUAUACUGUGACAAAGAGCAAUCGUACGGUCUUCAGAUUAAUUACAGUGAUGCCCGACCACAUGUGUAUCCCAGAUGAUGUAUCGUUGGGACACCGAAACUUGGAUGUUAACAUGAUAACAAAUUUACUAAAAGAUUUUGUAAGAAGAAACCCGGCAUAUGAGUUAGAAAAUGUGGAGAGAACGGUGAAGAUAGAAUUUGGGUUUGAUAUUUCUUAUUCAAAGGCCUGGCAUGGCUUGAAAAGGGCUAUUGCAGAUGUUUAUAGGACAUGGGAGAGUUCAGUGCAAGAACUCCCAACUUAUAUGGAAACUCUUCAAAAUGUGGAUGGAACUUAUUUAUAUGAAAAAUACAAGCAUGUGAUAUUGAUUUCCGCUACUAUAGAUGCUAACCACCAUGUGCUGCCAUUAGCAUUUGCCAUUGUUGAUACAGAAAAUACUGAAUCUUGGUUAUGGUUUCUUCAGUUAGUAAGCAGAUAUAUUGUGCAGGAUCGGUAUCACACGUGUCUCAUAUCUGAUAGACAUGUUGGGAUAACAAGUGUAGUUAAGCGUAUUCAUGCUUUCCACCCUUCUCGUGGCCGACAUCGAUUUUGCCUUAGACAUAAGGCAAGGGCAUCCAUUGAUCAAUUGGAGUUUAAUGAAACAAUGGCGGCCAUUCAACUUCUAAAUCAAGCAGCUUAUGAUUGGCUUAACAUAAUUGACAAGAGCAAAUGGGCCAUUGCAUAUGACGAAGGGUGGCGACAUGGUAUAAUAACAACCAAUUUGCUGGAAUGCAUUAAUGGUGUAUUAAAAGGGGCACGGCGACUACCGAUCACUGCUCUAGUACAGUUGACAUACGAUCGUAUGGUUUCAUUUUUUGUUAAGCGGUUGCAUGAUGCUCGAGAUAAACAAGAAUCCGGCUAUGAAUGGUCACCUUGGGCAAGAACAAGAUAUAUAGACUCGGAGUGGAAGAGCCGAAAAAAUAUGGGUGUGGUGAUAAAUGAGGAUGAAUAUGAGGCAAAAAUGGGCGUUAGAUGGGGUGCCAUGUUCACACGUUUUAGAUACAUGUCGUAUGUUCCAUUUGAAUGGAAAGCGAUAUGUGCGUGA